AUGGCGGUGCUUGUAAAGAACUCGUGGAAGCACCAUCAGACGGCUAUGACGACGUCUGAUGAUGACGUCUUGGCUCAUGACAACGAUUCACAGAUGCAAGAGGUUCGAGCUUGGAAUUACAAGCUUUGCCACAGCGAACACGCCAGGAACUCCAAGUUAAAGGACGCAGCACGCUCGUCCACGAUACGAUUGCCCGCAAACAAGCCGAUGGUAGUUGAAACGAGCAGUAAAAAGCAUCGCUUUUCACUACGGCGUCUUUUCAAGCACGAAAGCCACCGCCAAGACAAGAAGAAUGUGGUCAUUGUGCCUUCAGUGCCCAUUCCAAUCGACUUUCUGACUCGAGAAAGACACGGCGCCAUGACAGUAAGUGGCAAACGCGUGCCCUUUACGUUUGACGCCCACAAACGUAGGAGGAAAACGACAAAACCUUUGCCGUGUAUCAAAGAAGACCAUGCCCUCUCGCCCGUCAGCUCGUCUCAGGAGGCCUAUCGUCGUCGUGCGUAUUACUCUGCCAAAAAGGAGAAGGCCAAGAAGUGA